CUACUCUACUUGAGAGAGCGCAUCUGUUUCUGUACCAAUGUCUUUUUGUCGAAAGUUUUUCUUUUCGUUUUUUCGCGAUCUACUACCACUACCUACAAAUUGGCUAUGGCUUACCUACUAACAACAUGAUUCACGACGGAUAAGUACGUCCUUCAGGCUGUUUUCCAUUUGGAUUAUCCAGGAAUAGAAGACAGCAACCUUCACCCGCCUUAUUUACCGAAGUUAAACAUUGGGAGGGAAUCCGACGUUUGUGUUGUUUUUCGUUCUUGUAUUCAAUACAAAUAGACGGAUAAAAAUACAAAUAAAAAAAACACGACUACUUUGGUCGACCGCAGGAUCAUCAAUUCACUACAGUAUAUUAACUACCUCUAGCAGUCCAUUUUCACGCACUGCGUCAUCCAAAAUCACACAAGAGCACCAACAAAAAUGGCACUCGAACGUGUAGAGUCUAAGAAACGCCAGAUUGGUCCGCGAGGCAGUGUGUCUAACACACCAGGGGGUAAAGCGGAUUCGGAAGCAAGGGAUACGAGCAAAGACCUUCCGCGACAGGAUAGCAAGGGAUCGAUCGCAGGGCAGCGUCGUAAUUCUUCGAAGGCAAUUGAAGGAGAAUUGUCUCGACAGGUACUUCAUCUCAUGUUCAUACAACAACUCUAGAUGUCUUACAUUAAGGCUCAACUUUCAUUGGUCAUUGCUUGGGGUUCGUUGGUCUCUGACAUCAAAGAGGAGACCCCCUGAGAGAACAGGGAAAAACUAAGAGAAAACAAGGGGAGAGGCAUGGGGCAUUUGUCUUUCAGAAUCAGUGGCCACUGACUGCUGACCUUUGAGAGAAGCCUUAUAGCUAGAUCUACUGUGGUCGAUUGAAGAGAUCGGUCAUCCAUCAUGGUCAUAAGUCGCGUGAGACAUCAAUCAUCUUCCGUUCUUCUCAACAAAGUCCUCUUGUCUACAAGCGAUCCAUCAUCUUGUUUCAACAACCCUCGAGAUCGAAUUAUGCACGUCUAUCACAAUUACCUCCUCGUCCGCAUCCGCCAGCAUGGGCCUCCUUUUCCAUCACUGUAGUAUCUUUAAAGAAGGAAAAUUAGGCGCUUGAUAUUUCCCUCGUCAUCCUAGGAUACUAGUACAGCUCUCUUCAAACUCAUAAUCAUUGUAUCGUUAUAAUCAACAAAAAACAGUAUUCGAAGGAGCCUCAACGCGUAACUUCGAAAUUGCGUCGUUUAGGGUUCAAAGGUCUCGCUGAGUAUGAAGAGGGGGAACUGGAGAAGGAGUUCGUGGAACGUGUUAGUAGGGGGGACGACGAGUGGGUCCUCAAUUGUCUUGCUGCAGUGUUAUGGCCGCUACUGAGUAAAUACUUGUUGAGCUUCACAAUCAUCAAAGAGAUGUACUAGCUCAGUAGUUCUUGGAGCUUGUGAGCGAUAAUACCUAUAAUCAGAGGACAAGGCAACUGAACGUUCUUCUUCCAAUUCUAAACGCAAGAACUUGUACUGCUCUAAUUCAAGGAAAAGCCAUUAUUUUUUCCGAAUGGGCGGGUGGAGUGACCAAGACGACAAUUCUCUACGCUGCAAAGCAAGGGGAUGAGGAUGUAGACUUAUGAUUUUCUUCUACUAUAGUAUAGUACAUCAGAGCCACUAUCUACUCCAACUACAUUCUACUUCUUGCCUAUGUCGUCAGUUUCGAUGUUGUGAUGCUUCCAAUUUUCCUAAUACUGUCUUACUGCAUCAACUUUCUAGCUCAGCCUCACCUUUCUUGCCUCCAAUUCCACACUUUUCUCCUCUAGACUUCUACAGGAUCUAGUACUCGUCCCACCCAACAUACUCGAAAACACCUCAACAGCGCCUUCUCUCACUCUCUUCCCCUUUCCAGAUGUGCAAAAUCCUUCUUGCCUAUGGUGGCAAGGACCUCUUAAAAGUGAAGGAUCUGAAGAACCGAGAUGGGGAGUAUUUCGCUAGGCUCCAUGGCAUCGAUCUAUUAGAUUUGAUGCACAGCUCGAGCCGUAUCGAUUGCUGGAACCACAAGGCAUUGCGACAAAUCUCAAAGGAACGAAAAGAUUAUGACUUAGAUUAAUUUUUAGUUUUGAUUACUUAGUCGUACUUGUUGUACUCAGAAGUCGUGCACCUGGCAUCCUUGGCGCGAUCGAGACCCUUGAACUUGAAAGGACCUACCAUCACCAAUCCAACAACGUGUUGUUAUAAUUUACAACUCCUCCGGACACACCUUGUGUGAGGACGAGGCAAAGGCAUCCGAUCCUAUCCUACCCUACCCUACCCUGCAUACACCUUCUCCUGCAAAUUUUUUAAUGUUGAAACAUAGGAACAACUACACCCGCUUCUGUCUCCACAUGCUCUAACUUCCCAUGCCACCUGGUCAAAGCUAUUUCCACCUUUUUUCCACCUUUUUUGGUUCUCUAAGGCUCCUAUUUUUCUCGAUUUCUUCCUUUUGCGUUUCCUCUACUUCUACCUUUUUUAUCGAUAAUUCUACCUUUUUUGUGGAAACCCUUAUUUUCCCACCCCUUCUAGUACCGGCACCCUCCCAGUUCUGGCCCAUGCAUAUCACAUAUGUUGUUGUAUAUCGCAUGCUCUAAUUUCCCAUGCCACCUGGUCAAAGCUAUUUGCCGAAAUCGCCUACUAGCACACGCACGGAGUUUGAGAUGGCGCUGACAGAUGCGAGUUUGCAUGGUGGGAGCAGCGUCGUGUCCAGAAAGGGUGGAGCUUGAAGAGGAGAGGGCGGCGCGUGAAGAGAUGAAAGGAUGAAAAUACAAAUGAAACUGAAAGGAUGAGUUGUUUAUUGCACCCUUGUACAACUAUGGUACGAAUGGUAAGGAUAAGGUGCGAGGACAUGACCAGGAGGUCUACAAAGAUUAGGUAACUACGCUAGUGGUAAAAAAGAGGUAGAUGUUGAUCAUGAUGAAGAUAUAUUGUAUUAUUAAUGUCUCUUCUUGUUACAUAAAAAAUUAGAUCAAGCAGUAAAAAAAGUCUUUUUACAGUUGUAGGAAAGGCGUCAUCUUCGAGGAACACGUCGUGGUAGAGAAUAGCUAGCAAAAAUUUCAUCUUCCCUCGUCGUGUUUGUGACAUAAUGUAAAGUUACAUUUACCUGCUUGCUACCUCGUCCACCUCGUAUUCACGCAGCUGUUUAUUACAUAUUUCCAUAUAAAUUUGAAUUGUGACGACCUAGGGUCCACAACCACAUGGAUGAAGUCGAUAGUUGAUCCUUCUAAAAACCUGUAUACUUAGUUUGGACUCGCUUGGAGUUGUCUAGUAUUAGUCAUCUUUCAUUGCAUUUUUCUGGGAAGCAAAUUAAAAUGUUGAUAUAAGAUUUGAAACCUGUAUAGAAAUUUGGACUUUGAAACUGGGCCUGAUUCAUGAAGAGCGCUCUUGGGUCUAAUUGAUGAAAGCAGUCGAUAAGUUGUGAUAGCUUGCUUCAUAACAUAAUGUUUCUGUUGUUUUUCUAAUGAAAAUGAAUCAUACUGUAUUGUUGUAACUUCGUAAUAUUUGGCUUAUUUGCAUUUGGUUGAUAAUUUCGGAUCACACAUGAAACACUUGACACUUAUGCACUUCUAGAAGGGAAAAAUCAAAAAAAAUGAAGUAAGUAAGGCCCGCUUGCAAAUCGACGAAUCUAGAGAAUAAUUGCUGCUCUUUAGUAGAG